AUGCCUGACUCUGUCAGCGCGAAGUCAGACUCGUCGAGAGACCUCGACGACAAGCAACGAAAGGAAGAUGCGACCCCCUACCAGUCAAAAAGGCCGUCCUUGGAUCGCAUCCAAUCGAAGAACAGUCAAACAAAUGCAAACACCUUUGGAGAACCAAGAAACGUCGCCGAGGCAGACAUCAUAGAGGGUGAGAGGGAGGCGGCUCAGGAUGGCGAAAAGAAAGCCGCUGGUCCACCGCCUGGCUCAGGUUUCCACCCCAGCGACUUCCCCGACGGCGGGCUUCAGGCCUGGAUGGUGGUCUUUGGUGGCUGGUGCGGCCUCUUUUGCACCUUCGGGUUCAUCAACUGCAUCGGCGUGUUCCAGGAGUACUACGUUCGCGGCCCACUUUCCGACUACUCGGCCAGUACCGUCUCGUGGAUCACGUCAAUGGAGGUCUGGGGCAUGGUCUUCUUCGGACUGAUCUUCGGGCGCGUCUUUGAUGUUUACGGCCCGCGGUGGAUGCUCAUCAUCGGCACGGUAAUCUACAUCUUCGCCUUGAUGAUGACGAGUCUCUGCUCCGAGUACUGGCAGUUCUUCCUCGCGCAGGGAGUGUGCGCCGGAAUUUCCGCGUCGGCCGUGUUCAACGCCUGCAUGACGAGUGUCUUCUCCUGGUUCUUUAAGAAGAGAGCCGCAGCGCUCGGCAUCAUGGUGAGCGGCAGCUCCGUCGGCGGCGUUGUUAUGCCGAUCAUGAUCCAGAAGCUUAUCCCCAAGAUCGGCUUCCCUUGGACGAUGCGAGCAGUGGCUUUUGUCUACCUAGGGCUGCUCGCCAUCAGCUGCGUGACCAUCAAGACCAGGCUGCCUCCACAGCCGAAGCCACUGGUCGUCGCAGACUACCUCGCGGGUUUCAGGGAGCCAGCGUUCGCCCUGACCUUGGCCGGAAACUUCCUCUUCUUCUGGGGCAUGUUCAUCCCCUUCAAUUAUGUCAUUUUGCAGGCACAAAAGGCUGGCAUGGACCCGACUCUCGUUGAGUAUCUCCUGCCUAUCAUCAACGCCGUCAGCAUAUUCGGACGAAUUGUUCCAGGGAUUGUCGCAGACAAGGUGGGCCGCUAUAACACGGUCGUAUGUAUAACAACGCUGUCGACGAUUGUGACCCUUGCCGUCUGGAUUCCUUCCAACAACUCGUCAGCCGCUCUCAUCGUCUUCGCGAUCCUCUUUGGUUUCGCCUCUGGUGGCGUCAUCUCUAUCAGCCCCUCCCUCAUCGCACAAAUCUCCGACAUCCGCCAGAUUGGUAACCGCAACGGCAUUGCGUUCGUUGCUAUGAGUUUCGGUGCUCUGACUGGCUCACCCAUCGCCGGCGCCAUUGUGUCUCGCCAGCACGGUGACUAUCUGGGCCUGCAGCUAUUCUGCGGCUUGGCUAUGGGUUGUUCGGUAUUUGUCUACAUUGCUGCACGGUUUGUGCAGGUGGGAUUCAAGAUGACGAAGAUCUGA